CUCCCAGUCCCUCCAUCCCCAUCCCCCACUCCGCGGUGUUCCAAGCGCCGCUGCUAGCCCGAAAUCGCUGUAGCAAAGUGAGAAGCUAGAGCACCGACAGCGUUAACAUAGCCAGUGCCAGCGAGCUUGAAGAUACCUGAACAAAAUAAGGAAUUUAGGGAACCACAUUUGUCCAUCAGACAUUGAUUUGCAUAUCCACUCCCACCUCUUCCUCAUUUGCAUACAGCGAGAAUGGCGAGCGGGCACCCCACUGACAAAUACAGUUUCAUGUACCAACCAGACACGCACAAGAGUAAGAACAGAUUAUCCAGCAGUAUGAAUCCUGUCUACAGUCCUGUUCAGCCUGGAGCUCCCUACGGUAACCCCAAGAACAUGGCCUACACAGGCUACCCAGGAGGUUACCCCACUGCUGCUCCCACCUACACACCCAACCUCUACCAAACGGGUAGUCCAGGGUACCCACCGGGAUACACUACAGCGGGUACUCCAUAUAAAGUGCCCCCCACCCAGAUGAACGGCGCACCCCCGCCCUACUCCCCCUCCCCCAACCCCUACCAAACAGCCAUGUACCCAAUCAGAAGUGCCUACCCCCAGCAGAGCAUGCAGAACCUGCAGAACUUGUAUGCACAGGCAGCAUCGUAUUAUGGCCAGCCAGUGUAUGCGGCUCAGCCAUAUGCUUAUUACACGCAGCCAGUGUAUGCCGCUCAGCCUCAGCCCCAUGUCAUCCACCACACCACGGUGGUUCAGCCAAACAGCAUGCCCUCAGCCCUCUACCCCGCCCCUGUCCAAGCCCCUAGAAACAAUGGAAUGGCUGCCAUGGGGAUGGUUGCCGGGACCACCAUGGCUAUGAGUGCAGGAACCCUGCUGACCACACCCCAGCACGCUCAGCUGGGAGCGCACCAACACGUCACCAUGCCACAGUACCGGCCCCAGGGCACACCGGGAUACAGCUAUGUCCCUCCCCACUGGUAGAACCCCCCCCCCAAAAAAAAGAAAUCUGGAGUCCAACAUCGUAUGCAACUACUCAAGUUUUACACGGGCUUCUUAUGGUCACCAUGGCAACAUCACAUCUGUCUGCAACAACAAAACUAAAGAGCAACGGACACUUGCUGCAUUCUCUAGUGUUUUACAAAAGCUGCUUUAAUUUUUUUUUUUACUCAAAGAUUUUUUUUCUUUCUCCAUUUAUUUGCCAAUAUUUCGUUGCAUUACUUUGUUUUCGUUGUUUUUUGGUGUUGUAAUAUAUAUAUAUUUUUUCCAUCAUUUAAAUUUUUCCAUCAUCAUUGGAACUCCAGAGUGAUUGACCAAUCACGAGUGUCUGUUGCCCUGCUUGUGGACUGUGUUCUGCUGCUGUGUGCCAGUGGUGGGAAUGUACUGCUUACUUCCUGCUCCAUCAUCAAUGUACUGGUCACUUCCUGCUCCAUCAUCACCACCUUUAUCAUCACCACCUUUAUCAUCACCAACUUAUGCUGCCAAAUUUUCUAACCAUUAGAUAUCAGCACAGGGUUUUGAUUUUAUUUAUUUAGAUUUGUUUUAAUCCCUUACUUUUCCUUUCCAACAAAGCACUGUCUUAGAACAGCCUGUUGUUUUCUCCUUCACAUCCUCUGUUCCACUUCUCCUUCUGAUCUUCAGUUCAUCUUCUGAUAACAAGGGUUGUCUUCCAGCUUAUAGCUGUUUCUUAGAUAGAUCUGUAACGUCUUGAUACGCUGUCUGACUAGAUCUGUAAUGACUAGAUCCGCUGUCUGACUAGAUCUGUAAUGACUAGAUCUGCUGUCUGACUAGAUUUGUAAUGACUAGAUCCGCUGUCUGACUAGAUCUGUAAUGACUAGAUCCUCUUUCUGACUAGAUCUGUAAUGACUAGAUCCGCUGUCUGACUAGAUUUGUAAUGACUAGAUCCGCUGUCUGACUAGAUCUGUAAAGAUCUGCUGUCUGACUAGAUCAGUAACGACUACACUACCGGUCAAACGUUUUAGAACACCUACUCAUUCAAGUUUUUUUUUCAAGACUGUUGGAAAAGCAUCC